UCAAAAGCAUGGCACAAAGAAAAGGCAAGAGAAAAAAUCCAAUCUCGGUCGAUGAGAGAGAAGAAGAGACCAAAUCCAUAAGAAAAAUAAGAGUCAUCUAUUCUGACCCAGAUGCUACAGACUGUUCUUCAGAUGAAGAGGGUGAUAGCAGAGAUCAGAGAUCUAGGUCGAAACACAUGGUCCAUGAAAUUCUUUAUAUUCAUAGCAGCAACAAUGGCCGCCACAACCCUAAAAGAGUUUUUGCUCGAAAACAACCCAAAAAAAACAAAGGGGUUCGGCUGAGGAAAUCUGGAAAGUGGGCUGCUGAGAUUAGAAAUCCCUUCAGCAAAUCCAGGAUUUGGUUGGGCACUUACAACACUGCUGAAGAGGCCUCCGAGGCUUAUCUUUCUAAGAAGCUUGAGUUUGAAGCGCAAGGCAGACAAAACAUCAAACAGUUUGUCUGCAAGGAAUGUGAAAGCGAGCCGUCUAAUGAAUCCCCUUCUUCAGUUCUUCAAAUCGAGCCCUCGGCUUUGUCCGAUGAUCUCAACUCAAUUGAGUCUUGUUCCAACUCUAUUUCGUCCACCGAUGAUGGUUGGAAAAUCAGGGCCAAUACAAUGGAAGCUGUGAAGGAGGAAUUGCAGAACAAAGUUUCGCACAAUGCUGAAGAGGCCUCAAAGGCUUAUCUUUCUAAGAAGUUUGAGAUUGGGGGGAGAUUGAUGACCAAAAAAGAAAACCAACCCAUUGUUCACAAUGAUUGGGUUUCAUCCGGUGAUGCUAGUGAAAAAAUCAGUGGCAAAUCAGUGGAAGCCUUGAAUGUGGAAGAACAGGAACAUAAUCAAGGUUUGGUGGUUGGGAAAUAUUUACAAACACAAAGUGGUCAAAAGGGCAACUUCCCGUUGGAGCUUAGUUCAAUGAUUAUAGACAAUGAUGGGAAUCUAUUGGGUGAGCUUCGCAGACUGGAUGAUCUUAGUAUUUGUAAGGUUGAAGAUGACAAUGAAGCUAACUAUUUUUCUUGUAUGACACUUUAAUCUGCAACUGUUUUUGGGUCUGGCAAGUGCUUAUUUUCUUGCUGUUUUCUUUUUUACAUUACAUUUGCAGAAUAAAGUUUGUAGCUUUACUCUCCUGUACAUAUGGGUAGUGAACCAUCUGUCUAAUUUCUUAUGGUCUUGUAGCAGAUGUGUUUUUUACAUUAUUUUGUUUUCUUUUUAUUAAUGUUU